AGUGGUGAGCUCUGCCUCAGACUGGUUUUGUGUAUUUCUGAGUGGCAACUUCCCUUCAGGUUUAGGGAAGAGUGUGAGAAGGACCUGCUAAUCCCUCAACAACUGCUGGAGAUGCCAGAGGGCCCAUCAGUGAGGAAGUUCCAGCUACUGACCUCCCCUUUUGUGGGACAAGUGGUGGCCAAGGUGGGGGGAAGCAGCCGCAAGAUCAACGUGAAUGACCUGAAUGCCCUGAGGCUCCAGGACUCCCAGGUUCAUGGGAAGAACUUGUACCUGGCAUUUGUGGCAGCCGAAAAUCCCUCAGGACCAGCUGCAGAAGAGACAGUGCUGCAGAAAGAAGUUGCUGCUGUGGCAGGUUCUUCUGUCCAGGAAGGGCAAGAACAGGUUUGUGCUCCCCAUCCCCAGGAUGAGGAGCUGCAGGAACUCCAGCACUCAAGGUCUGAAGCCCCAGAAGCAGCAGAAGGUCCAGGCCACUGGCUGCACUUCCACUUCAGCUUGUUCGGCAGCGUCCGGGCAAACGAGUUCUCCAGAGCAAACAGAGCCAAUAAAAGGGGGGACUGGAAGGACCCUGUACCCAGGCUGAUUCUCCACUUUGAGAGUGGAGGCUUCCUUGUUUUCUACAACUGCAGAAUGCACUGGUGCUCCUCUCCAAGGGCUGAUCCCGCUUCUGACAUCCUGUCCAUGGAGUUCCACCGUGGCCGGGCACUGGAUGCCCUCCGUGCACCCAAUCCCAUCAGCUACACCCUCUUAGACCAACGAUACUUUUCAGGGCUGGGGAACAUCAUUAAGAAUGAGAUUUUGUACCUGACCAAGAUCCACCCACUAACACAAGGCUCUCUCUUGGCUCCCUCGGAUCUGGAGCGUCUGCUGGACUGUGCCCUUCAGUUCAGCUCUGACUGGCUGCACCACAAGCUCCGUGGCCAAGGGCUGCACCUCCAGAUCUACCAGAGGGAGCAGUGUCCCCUUGGCCAUCCAGUGAUGAAGGGAACUUUUGGACCACUGGGUGCCUUUAAAAGACUUACAUGGUGGUGUCCUCAGUGCCAGCCUGAGGUGCUGCCAGGGGAAGGGGAUCCUUCUGCCGUCACAAAGUGACCUGGCUUUGCAUUCCUCCUUUCCUGGAGGGUGGUAGGUGAUGUCUCAACCAUGCUCCUAAUUGCCUUGAGGAGGUCUUGGUUUCUUUGAGCUGUUGAAUUUGGUUCUUAGUGACAAUGAGCUGGCAGAGUUAAGUGCUCAGUGGAGGUCACAGGACUCACUGCAGCACUGAGUGGAUGCAGAAAGUAGUAAAGUGGUUGUACAUAUCUUUUUUUUCACAAUGAACAGUAUAAAAGGGUUUGAACAAGUAUUUUGGUCACCCUGUUCAGACCACAGUGGAUGGAAAGUGUAGAGUGUUGAGCAGGUGUUUGCUGUGGUCUGAAGUGACCCUAUCCCUCGACCCCAGUGGAGUCAGCAGAACAGAGUAUAUCCCACUGCCUAAAAAGCUUGAUUAAUUAGAAAUUAAAUAAUCCUGCCUCUGUUUGGAGCUGAAUACCUGUGUGCUGGGUGUGGUUAAAUGUAAGGGGCUGUUUCCUCUGUCAGAUCAGGAACAUCUCCCUCCUUUCAAGGGGACAAAACCUACGUCAGCAGUGCUUGGUGGAGCUCAUCUUGUUCACGGGUUUCAGCUUUGUGGCAAACUGCCAAAUCCAGAUCUCACUGUAACAGUAAAAAAAACUUAAAAAUGCUGUGUGUGUAACAGAGAUUGCAUAAAACUUAGGAUCUCCAAGGAAACCUGCAAGCAGAAAGGUUUGGAAAUAGAGAUGAAACCUUCUUUAUUGAGCAUCUCUGUAUGUGAGGCAGGAGCUGCUGCUGUUCUCUCUCUGUGGAUUUGGGUUUAUUUUAACAAAUUGUUUGCUUGAGGAAAAAAAUAAAAGCUGGAAAUGGAAAACU